ACCACUUUGGAAGUGUCUCUCGCGCAAACUAUUCAGUUUAGAAAAAAAUGAUAUUAGAAACCUCAAUAUCAUUUUUGAACUCGGAGGCCAAGCCACUAUUAGUGCACGAGCUCAAUACUGUGUCCUAUGGGACAGCCAGUGCUCCCUUCCUAGCCACCAGGUGUCUCAAGCAAAUAGGCUUAGAUUGUGAAGAUGAGACAGUCAAAGAAAUCAUCAUUCAUGAUUUUUAUGUAGACGACCUGCUGACAGGAGGAGAUGAGCUUACUGGGGUGGAAGAGAUUCGCCAUAAAGUGACUCAAGCACUUUCUUCCGCAGGAAUGAACCUGCGUAAGUGGAAGUCAAACGAGCCUCGCCUUCUAUGUGAACCCUCUCAAUCCUCCGUGGAUUUGAAUAUAGGAUCAAAUGAGCCCAGCAAAACGUUAGGCUUAGGCUGGCAUCCUGUGUCCGAUGAGCUGUAUUUUCCUAUAGGAAAACUAGUUUCCAAAGGAAAUACCAAACGCGACAUGCUCUCAGUGAUUGCUCAGAUCUUUGAUCCGUUGGGACUUCUGUCUCCAUUCGUAAUCACCAUGAAAAUGCUACUGCAGCGAUUAUGGCUGCAAAAGAUUACAUGGGAAGAAGAACUGUCUCCAGAGAUCACUAAACAAUGGUUAGAACUCUUGGAAGGAUUGCCGGCACUGAAUGAUGUCAGAGUCCCUCGUCAUGUCAUUUGCAACUCACACGUAGCCUUUGAUCUACACAUUUUCUCAGAUGCAUCAGAACGCGCGUACGGCGCUUGUGUGUACGUACGUAGUGUAGACAAGGAAGGUCAGGUGUUGGUUAGGUUAUUGAUCGCAAAAAGUCGAGUCAGUCCGAUUAAACCUAUGACUAUACCUAGACUUGAAUUGUGUGGUGCUCUGGUUAGUGCUCAUCUGUAUGAUAAGGUCAUGACCUCACUUCGAGCUCAGGUAAGAAGCACGAUAUUUUGGACCGACUCGACUAUAGUGUUAGGUUGGUUGAAGAUGAUGCCAAGUAGGUUGCAACCCUUUGUUAGGAACCGAGUGUCGGACAUUUUAGAAAUCACCGGCAGUUGUACUUGGAGGCAUGUUCCAACGGACCAAAACCCAGCGGACUUAAUUUCCCGUGGAUUGCAUGCAAGCGUUAUAGACUCAUUAGAUUUGUGGUGGUCGGGUCCCAGUUUCUUGCAACAAGACGUGGCUCAGUGGCCCUCGAAUCCUAUCACAAAACAAUGCGAUGAGCUGCCUGAAACCCGCGUUGAGGUUUCAUUGCACGUCAACAUAAUUAAUGAGCCAUUAAUAGAUUUCAAUCGUUACUCUAACCUCUCGCGGCUCAUUCGUGCUUUUGCAUACGCUCUCCGUUUCAUUAAAAAAUGCCGCAAAAAUGCAACGUCGACGUCGUCCACGUACCUCAAUCAUGACGAAUUAAAUAAUUCAUUAAAGGUAAUUACCAAACUCAGUCAGAGCGAAUCAUUUUCAGAAUAUGAUAUAUUAUCCAAAAAACAAAAUUUACCAAAAAAGAGCAAGCUCUUGAAAUUCAACCCAUUCCUAGACAACGACAACUUAAUUCGUGUAGGAGGCCGUCUUUCCAAUUCAGAAUUUCCAUACGAGAAAAAACAUCCCAUUAUUAUACAGUCCACACAUCGAUUCACAAAAUUAUUAUUUAAUCAGGAACAUAAAAGGCUUCUCCAUGCACCGCCCCAGCUGUUGUUAGCAACAAUAAAAGAAACCUACUGGCCCAUAGGGGGUCGUAAUUUGGCAAAGGAUUGCUACCAUCAAUGUGUGCGAUGUAAAAUCAUGAAGGGACAAGUAAUUGCUCCAUUGAUGGGGAAUUUGCCAAAUUCUCGGUUGUCACCUGGAGGCUACCCGUUUAGGAAUGUGGGCGUGGACUACGCAGGUCCACUCAUGGCAGCCAGCCGUCAAGGUCGUGGUUGCACACUAGUUAAAGUUUAUGUUGCUAUUUUUAUAUGCUUCACAACCAAGGCGUUACAUUUAGAAUUGGUGGGAGAUUUAACUAGUAAAACUUAUUUGUUAGCACUGUCUCGCUUUAUGUCUCGACGGGGACAGCCAGAUAACGUGUAUUCCGAUAACGGCACUGCAUUUGUCGGAGCCUAUAAUGAAAUCACAAAAUUUCUGAAGGAAAACUGCAACUCUUUGGCUGAGACGUUAGCUAGUGAAAAUACUAGAUUUCAUUUUCUGCCUGCUUAUGCACCUCACUUCGGGGGUCUUUGGGAGGCGGGUGUCAAAUCAGUUAAAUUCCAUUUGCAACGAGUGUUGGGCAACUGUAACUUAACUUAUGAACAGCUUAACUCUACACUCAUCAAUAUUGAAGCCCUGUUGAAUUCUCGGCCACUCACGCCUCUGUCAUCACACCCGGACGACCUCUCAGCGCUCACCCCUGGACAUUUUCUUGUCGGACGCUCACUGACGUCAUUGCCGGUGCAGGAUCUGCGGGACCAUACUUAUCAGCAUCUGUCCCGAUUCCACCGAAUCGAACAACUCCGUCAACAUUUCUGGGCUCGUUGGACUAAAGAGUACGUCCCAGAACUGCAACAACGAAUCAAGUGGAGACUCAACCAUGAGUCCCUUAAGAAUAAUACCCUCGUUGUUCUGAAGGAGGACAACCUUCCUCCGUUGAAAUGGAGACUGGGACGCAUUGUAGCCAUUCACCCUGGACAGGAUGGCAUAUCUCGAGUGGCUGAUGUGAAGACAGCUGGAGGAGUCGUUCGACGCGCUUUCAGCAAGAUUUGUCCUCUUCCUGUGGCUACCGAUUCUGCUUGAAAGGCUCCCUUUCAACCCCGGGGGCAUGUU